AUGAACAACCUCAACUCAGGCCAUGUCUCCUCGUCUGCCGCACCGCCAGAUCCCUGGAUGGCCGAGCUGUUUCCGACCGCACUAGACGGAACACCACGGCCUGCCUCCGGGCCGCUGGCGCCAUCAUCGUCGUCGGUGUUCGAGGACUCUGUGCCGAGCCUUGCGAACCCUCUUCGUGGACUGCCUCCGCGUCCAUCAUCUCAGCCAUCGCAGCCAUCGCAGCCAUCGCAGCCAAAUCCAGCGUCACUGUAUCACAACUUGUCUGCUAGACGAGUGGUUUUCCACAACCCUGCAUCCUUCCUGCAACCUCCGGCGUCGUCAGCAAACCAGAGCUUUGCUUUCUCUCAACCCCUGCUCGCCUCUGAAGCAUAUGUUCUGAAUCCUCCCUACUAUCCGGGGCAACCUUUGAGUCAGCUACAAAGUGCGUCACACCGUCAACUGAUUGACCAGUUUUCGGCAAACCCAGGACAGGAUGGCCCUUCGAACUUCAUUCCAUUUCCCUCCGGGGCGUUGCACCAUGUCGACAUCGCUCAGUAUGACCACUCGAGUCAGAAUGACAAACAACUUCCGGAAGCGGAGAGAACUCCUGUUGAGGAGGACAGUGACACGUCUGUCGACGACCAUGAAAUCCUAGGACUGUCCAUAGGUGCGGCUGAAGGCGGCGGUCUCACGCUCAGUAAAUCACGGAAAAGAGGCCGUGCAAAGUUGCCGCUGUCAGGUAACCAACCCAGGAAGCGACGCAAGAAAGGGACAGGGCCUCGGGGUGGUUGGAGCAAAGGCAUGAAAAUUGGCCCUCGACAAGCCCUCGACCCCGGCCCCGAAUUCAAUGAUCUCUACAGCCAGGCCAUGGUCGCCUUUAUCGACGAUCAUGACACGGAGAAGGCCCUUGACCUAGUCUUACAGGCUAUCGCGGUCAAUCCCGAAAUCCAUUCUGCUCAUGCCCUGCUCUCUGAGAUAUACUUUUCUCGAGAUGAAGACGAAAAGGCCAUCGCCGCCCUCUUUAGCGGUGCUCACACCAUCCCAACAGAUCCAGAAGUAUGGAUUCAAGCAGCCAACGCUUGUCUCCAACGGUCCAAAGGCAAACGCGAGACUGCUUUGCAACAAGCCAGUUACUGUUAUGCCCGAAUCAUCCACACUGACCGGGAGAAUUUAGAAGCUCGCUUUCAGCGAGCUGCCGUCAGCAAAGAGCUUCAAAAUUACAGCAAAGCUAUGAAAGACUUGGAGACUAUUCUCGAAAGCAUGCCUCGGAAUUCCAGCGUCCUGAGGCAGAUUGCAGAGAUAUGCAUUGAAACAAGAGAUCUGGCAAGAGCAAAACAAGUCUACGAGGACACCCUAAAUUACUACCGCGAGAACGGUUUUGAGGGUGAAGAGUCUUUCACCUGGGCCGACAUUCUCGUCUAUGCUCAAAUUCUUGCCUUGGAAGAACCUCCUGACCUAGCCAUCGCGAACGCUCUAAAAACUUUGAAACAGUUAGCACGCUGGCUUCUGGGACGAGAACGAGAAGACUACUGGGAUCAUUUCACCGAUGAUGACCGCGAGUUUGAUUCGGAAGACGAACCUCGACGAGUGCUCGUGCCUGAAUUUGUGCCUGGCAGAUACUCCACCGAUGCCUACGGCCCUGGACUUCCCUUGGAGCUUCGAGUCAGACUGGGAAUACUUCGGCUUAGGCAGGGCUCGGAUAUGCUGGAUGAGGCACUGGGGCAUUUUGAAUGGCUUGAACCCGAAGCCAGGGACGAAGGUGCAAGCAUUUAUGAAUACCCGGAUUUGUUCCUCGAGGUUGCCCAAGCCUUGCAGGAAGCUAAGGAACACAAUCAGGCGCUGCGUUAUUAUGAAGCUCUGAAGGACACCAACGCAUAUUCUUACACAGAGUUUUGGUUAGGCAUCGCAGCUAGCUCUUACAUUUGUGGCGACAAGCUACAAGCAGUCGAGUGUUAUGAGGAAGCCAAGGCUGGAGAUGAGAAAUGCGUUGAGGCAAGGACUCAACUGUCGAAGCUCUACGCCGAAUUCGGCGACAAAGAGAAGGCAAUGGAGACCGCUCGGGAGGCGGUCCGUGUUGCCGAUAGCUUACUUCCCAAGACGGAUCGACGCAAGUAUGAGCGAAAAGAACAGCGACUAGCUCGUGAGGAAGCAGAAAAGGCUCUCAAGGAAGCAUUCAACCUUCCUGGCAAAGCUGUUGGUGGCACACCAGUUGAGCGUAUCGAGGCCAAACUCAGAAGGAUGAAAAUGAAAUCCAAGACAAGGAAGGCAAUGGUGAUGCCACCGAGAGAGUCGAUCCACGGACAAGACGAGACAGAAGGAGAGUUGGAAGAUGAUUACUUAGAGGACAGAGAGGGAAUGUCGCCGACAAUGGAUCGCGAGAUCGCCAGACAGACGGCUCGGAACGUGGCACGAAGGAGGAAGGAUCGCCAACCACCUCGCUCGCGGGCUCAACCCAAACCCGGAACUAAACGAAUGACGCAAGAGGAACGAGAGACUCAUCGCACUGAAAUGAUCAACCGACUCUAUAGCGACCUGGUCUAUGACACAGAAGCCAUGAGAACCGGCGACGAAAUUGCAAGGAAUACCUGGAUGGACUGUGCCGACUCCCUCAUCACCGAUUUCCGAAGCAAUCGCCUGUUUUAUUCCAAGGAUCGAAACCAAGCAGUAGACAGCUUUUACCGGGGAGCUGCCAACGCCGGCUCGCGCCAGAGAUGGGAGGAGAGAGAGCAAGGAAGCGGACAAAAUGGCGUGGAAGUGGAUCGGGACUUUCCCAUCCCUUCCGUCGAAUCGUCCAUGCCUACCGAAUACCGCGAGAUCGCCUUCUCAAACUGGCUGGAUGUUUUCCUUGAGUAUGCUCUUCUACUCGCCCAAACUGCUGACCUAGACGCUGAGCAUCGGUGCUACACCGUCGUUAAUGCAGCCUUGGAUUGUGUGGUCUGGAACCAAGACCCGCAAGCUCUCCUACAGAUAUAUGUCACCUAUCUCGCCUGCACUCUUGCCCUGCAAGAUGAAAGGACCCUUUCCAACGUGGUGCUGCGAUGGUUUCUGCGAACUUUUCAAUUCAACUCUGAUGCCUAUCGCCUCUUUGCUGCCAUGAAUCUAGUAUACUCUCGUCCUGGUGUAUUGUUUCGCAAUCGCAGUACCCACCAGUUCCUCUUCAAGCAGAUUGUGCAAAUGGAUGCAAAUCUGCCGAUGGAUUAUGCCCCCGAAGGCUAUGGGCCAGUCCCAGAAUUCAUGCGCCAGGGUGGGACGGAACACACUGUCCGUAGUAGAGACGACAACGAGGAGACGCCGGUUCCUGCCCAGAAGGACAUUCAGGGCCAGCAGCGCCAGCAGCACCCGCACCAAGAUAUCACGAAGCCGGAGGAAAUGAAUAUCGCACUCCUCACGCUCUACGGCCAUGUCCUCUACGCAGGCGGCGCGUUUGCCAGUGCCCUCUCGUACUUUUUCCGCGCGCUCUCUCUCGACCCGGAAAACCCGGUGGUGCUGCUCAGCAUCUCUCUGAGCUACAUGCACGAAGUGCUAAAGAAGCACAGCGAGAACCGUCAUAUGAGUUUGUUGCAGGGAUGGGCAUUCUUUGAAGAGUACGCCGAGGCGAGGAGACAUUGGGCGGGACGACACAAGUUGCUACAAAAAGAAUGGCGGCGCAAGCGCAAUGGUGACGACGACAACGACGACGACGCAGAUAAUACGGUGAUGGUGGCGGGUUCGGCAGACGGCGUGGAUCGGGACCGUCUGGAGUUGAUGUUGGCCGAGCGAGAGAUCGCAUUUAAUCGCGCACGAUGCUGGCAUAUGCUCAGCCUGUCCGAUCUCGCUGUGCGGGCAUAUGAGGAGAUGCUUUCGCUCGCCGUCGUCCCUGCUGCCUCCACUUCUUCUUCGGCGCCGGAAACCGCUGAUAGAGGGGACCAGGGCAAGGAUACUAUGAAGGACGUGAGGUGCACGGAUUUUACCAUGGAAGCGGCAUAUGCCGUUCAGACGAUGUACGCUUUGAGUGGGAACCCGGAGAUGGCCAGAGAAGUCACGGAGAAGUAUCUGGUGGUUUGA